AUGUAUGAAUUUAAUCAGCCAUGUCCUAAUUACUGUUUGACAGAGGCAUGUAAUUUUAGUUCUUUCCCGCCCACCGAAAACCCAGCUUUGCGCGAGGGCUGUUCUGUCCUUCACGUGGAGCUGGAUGGCUCCUACAAGAGCAGCCCCGGUGCAGAGUAUACGCUUCCUGCUGGGUCGUCUGCGGCUGAGGCGGUCAUUGAGAUGGUAAGAGUCCUGCAGACAGGCAGCAAAUCUUCCGCCUCUGUGCAUGCACGGAUCGGCAGCAAGGCCUCCCUGUGGCUGGUCUUUCUCAAGGACGUGCAAUGGAAGUGCAUUUCUGUUGCUGCAGCUCUACCAGGGGAGAUGACAUUGCCGAAGGACUUCGAAGGGAUCAGUGCUUGCGUUUGGGACGGCUACUGCAAGGCCAAUCGGGCCUGUGACGGGAAGACCAUGGCCGAGUACUUCCAUGAGACCUGUCGGCUGACUUUCGUGGAUGGCACCGGCGCUGUCAUGAUUAUCGACAGUGCUCAAUUCUGCAACAUGGUGCAGACCCGAUAUACAACCCCAAUGCACAAGGACUACGCCCACCUUCGGGACGACCCUCGCGUUGGCAGCCGUGAUGCCCUCUUGUCCAUAGAUUUUGGAAGCCUCUCCACGCCCAUCGCCAUGGUUGUUCUUACCGUAGCACACCCGCCAUGCUUGUGGACCGAUCUCCUGACCGUCGCGAAGCUUCAGGGCAAGUGGUGGAUUGUGCACAAAUCCUCCGUGAAGGAUCCCUUCCUCGAGGAGGAGAAGAAGUGA